AUUAUUUUUGACGACCAUAAGAGGGCCAGUGCCGUACAGUUUGAUAGGUUUUCCCUGUCAUACGUGGUCUACGCGAACCGGGAGAUUAUCGUGAGUGGAGGUGCCAUCAACUCACCCCAACUGCUCAUGCUAUCAGGCAUAGGACCCAAGGAACACCUAAAAUCUUUCGGAAUCCCUGUCGUAGCCGAUCUGCCCGUUGGGCACAAUCUCCAGGACCACAUAUACGCCGGGGGUAUACACUUCAAAGUGGACUCACCCAUCACAUUCAGCCACGAAAGGACUUUUAACGGCCCAAACGUUGCCAAAUAUUUUACGUCGGGAACCGGUCCGCUGACAUCGCUGGGCGGAGUGGAAGGGCUGGCGUUUGUGAAUACCAAAUAUGCCAACGUUUCGGACGACUAUCCCGACUUUGAGAUACAUUUGUCUUCAGCCACCUGUACCACGGAUGACGGCCGGGGUCUCAAACAGUAUGGUGGACUCACAGAUGAGGUAUACAAUCAGGUGUACAAACCGUACGCGACGACCGACUCGUUCAGUUUGGAUCCCGUCCUCCUACGUCCCAAAUCGCGCGGAUACAUACGCCUGCGGACUGUCAACCCGUACGACCACCCGGUGAUCGACCCGAAGUACUUCUCGCACCCGGAGGACAUACACGUAAUGGUGGAGGGCAUGAAGGUGUCCAUAGCCAUCGGCAUAUCGCCGCCGUUUCGCAAGUUUGGCUCCCAGUUGUUUAGGACGGCGUUCCCCGGCUGCGAGUCCUACCCCUUUCUCAGCGACGAAUACCUGGCCUGCGUUGCCCGCUCCUACACGGCCACCAUAUACCACCCCGUGGGCACGUGUAAGAUGGGAGGGGCAUGGGAUCCGACAGCCGUGGUUGACCCGAGGUUAAGGGUGUUGGGCGUCAGGGGGUUAAGAGUGGUGGACGCGUCCAUUAUGCCGUCCAUAGUGUCGGGCAAUACGAACGCACCGACGAUUAUGAUCGCUGAAAGGGCGGCCGAUUUCAUCAAAACUGAGAAAUCCAGUGAUUAUCGGUGCUGCGGAGACCUGCUUAAGGCACUUAUGGGGGCACAGGUAGGUAUCGAUGCAAUCGCAAUCCACCAACAGGUGAGUCAUCCCUUUGUGUGCAUCAAUGCCUAUACCAGUGCUCUCGCGGGCCGAUCAUAG